UCUUAAACAAUCCAUUCAUCACGGAAAUAUGUUAUAUACUAUAUAUACUACAGGGCCAGCAGUAGGAGUAGUAUUAUUUUUCUCGUGUCUUUUGUCAGGCUGGUCCCUGGUCCAGCCUUUCAUCGGGCCUCAAAAGACUCCACCUGCUGCUAAUCUGCCUUUUCCUUAACCCCCUCUCUCUGAGCUUUGGAUUAGAAAAAGAGGAAAGUGGGAAUUCUCCAACUAGGCUCCAGUAAGCUCCACCCGGUUAAUCAACCCAUGAUUAAAGCAAUCAAGCGAGCCCAUUGUUGUGCCAAUCAGGCCCUCCGUCCGUUCCAGCUCCUUGGCUGGGCUAACCAAACCUUCCAUUAUAAUUCAAGAUUCCCCCCUGCCCACUCUAUUUCUACUACUGCCAGUACUACCACCACACAGAGAGUGUCUGUUUUUCUUCUCCUCCAUGGCCAUGGCAGCGCUCUCCUCGAGCUAAGUAAAGAGACUCUCGCCGCCCGCCUUCCUCCUACUCCACGCCGCCGGCGAUGGCGGCAAUGCCGAGGCCGGCGAGGCUGGCCCUUGCGGUGCUGGCGCUCGCGUCGGUGCUCCCGGCGUACCUCUCCGACGACCUCAACACGGACGCGCAGGCGCUGGAGGCGCUGCGCAAGGCGGUGGGCCGGUCCGCGCUGCCGUCGUGGAACAGCAGCACGCAGACGUGCCAGUGGCAGGGCGUGGCCUGCGAGAACGGCCGCGUCGUCGAGCUCCGCCUCCCCGGCGCCGGGCUCAUCGGCGCGCUCCCCUCGGGCGUGCUCGGCAACCUCACCGCGCUCCGCACGCUCUCCCUCCGCUGGAACGCGCUCACGGGCCCCAUCCCCGACGACGUCUCCCGCAUGACCGAGCUCCGGGCCAUCUACUUCCAGCACAACGCCUUCUCCGGCGAGGUCCCGGCGUCGCUCUACACGCUCAGGAACCUCGUGAGGGUCAACAUCGGCCACAACAAGUUCUCCGGCGAGAUCUCGCCCGACUUCAACAAGCUCAACCGCCUCGGCUCCCUCAUCCUCGACGCCAACGACUUCUCCGGCGAGAUCCCCAAGCUGGACCUGCCCACAUUGGAGCAGUUCAACGUCUCCUACAACAAGCUCAACGGCUCCAUCCCCCACAAGCUCCGGAAGAUGCCCAAGGACUCCUUCCUCGGCACCGGGCUCUGCGGCGGCCCGCUCGGCCUCUGCCCCGGCGAGACCGCGGAGACGCCGGCAGGAUCGCCGGGGGCCCAGCCAGGCGGCGGCGGCGCGGCCGCUGACGUCGGCCGCGGCAAGAAGAAGCUCUCCGGCGGCGCCAUCGCCGGCAUUGCCAUCGCGUGCGUGUUCGGCUUGCUGCUGCUGCUCGCCCUGCUCUUCUUCCUCUGCCGGAAGAAGUCCGGCAGCGCGCAGAGGUCCACCGCGGCGGUGGAGAAGGGCCGUGACCUGGGCAUGGGCCCGCUGGACGCGGCGGAGCCCAAGGGGCAGAACGGCAACGGCGUCCACGGCGGCGCCGCCGCCGCCGCCGCCGCCGGAGCGGUGCCGGCAGCCGUCGCAGCGGCCGCCAAGUCCGGAGGCUCGACGGCCGGGUCGAAGAAGCUGAUCUACUUCGGUCCGAUGGCUGCGGCCCCGCCGUUCGACCUGGAGGACCUGCUGCGCGCGUCGGCGGAGGUGCUGGGCAAGGGCGCGUUCGGGACGGCGUACAAGGCGGUGAUGGAGAGCGGCGCGGCGGUGGCCGUGAAGCGGCUCAAGGACGUGGACCUCCCCGAGCCGGAGUUCCGCGAGCGCAUCGCAGCCAUCGGCGCCGUGCAGCACGAGCUGGUGGUGCCCCUCCGCGCCUACUACUUCAGCAAGGACGAGAAGCUGCUCGUCUACGACUACAUGUCCAUGGGCAGCCUCUCCGCCCUCCUCCACGGGAACCGGUCGUCGGGGCUGACGCCGCUGGACUGGGAGGCGAGGUCGGCGAUCGCGCUGGCGACGGCGCGCGGGGUGGCGCACAUCCACUCCACGGGCCCGACGGCGUCGCACGGCAACAUCAAGUCCUCCAACGUGCUGCUCACCAAGAGCUACGAGGCCCGGGUGUCGGACCACGGCCUGCCCACGCUCGUCGGUCCCUCCUUCUCCCCCACACGGGUGUCCGGCUACCGCGCGCCGGAGGUGACCGACAUCCGGCGCGUGUCGCAGAAGGCCGACGUCUACAGCUUCGGCGUGCUGCUGCUGGAGCUGCUCACCGGCAAGGCCCCCACCCACGCCGUCGUCAACGAGGAGGGCCUCGACCUGCCGCGCUGGGUGCAGUCCGUCGUCCGGGAGGAGUGGACCGCCGAGGUGUUCGACCAGGAGCUCCUCAGGUACCACAACGUGGAGGAGGAGAUGGUGCAGCUGCUCCAGCUCGCCAUCGACUGCUCCGCCCAGCACCCCGACCGGAGGCCCAACAUGUCCGACGCCGCCGCCCGCAUCGACGAGAUCCGGCGCUCCGCCUCCUCCGCCCAGCAUGCCACCACGGACGCCGCCGCCGCCCCCGCGCCCGACGGCGACGAGCCUUCCUUAUAACCGACCGGCAUUGAUCGAGAUUCGUCCUCCACGGCGAGCGGAAAAUUCAUCAGCUGGAAAGGAAAUUGCUUAGUUCUUUGCAUGGAUCUUCUUUCGCUUCUUCCUCCCUCCCCCCUGCCCGGCUACCUUUUGGCUCUCGUUCAUCAGCAACUUGUGCAUGUCUUCAUUUCUUUUUUCCUUUUCUUCUUCUCCUUUUUGGCCCUUUUUUCUUCUUCUUUUUUCUCACGGGCUUUGAUUCUGUUCUAUAGCACAUGUCGGUCACUACUGUAAGCUUUGAUUCUUGGAAAGUAACACAUGGAUGAUGCGUGUACUGUACCCAA